UCGAGCCCCGGCCCGGGCCAGAUCCUGCCUCGGCGCCGAGAAAGAGGUGGGGAGGACUGAGGAGACGCUCGGUGAGGAGCAAGGACAUCGCCCUGCUCCCAGAAACGCAGUCAUAUAUUCUUGAAGCUUUAACGCCAUGUCCAAGCAGGGAAAGGAUAGGGAUUGCUGUUUCCAAAGGCAGAAUACCACCACAGUCGGGUCUCUAUUCUGUGACUAUUGAUGAGGAUUUGCUGACAUUUGAGGAUGUGUCUGUAAAUUUCACUCAGGAGGAAUGGCAAUGGCUGAGUGACACACAGAGAGACUUGUACAGGAAGGUGACACUGGAGAACUAUAGGAGCCUGGUGUUGCUGGCAGGAAUUCCUAUUUACAAACCAGCCGUGAUCUCAUUACUGGAACAAGGAAAAGACCCCUGGAUGGUGCAGAAGAAGGGAGCGAGAGACACAUGUCCUGAUUGGGAGUAUGUAUUCAAAGGAACUGAAUUUAUAUCAAAGCGAGAUAUUUAUAAGGAAUCUGCUAAAGUCCUAACAGUGGGAAGAAGGCAUUUUAGUUCCAGCCUUGACUGUCCCAAUUUGGAAGAAGACCAUGAAAGUGAAGACUGGUUUAAGAACAGGUUGGAAGGUCAGGGGGAGCACUGCAAUCAGCUGCUCAUCACUCAUAAAGAAAUCCCUGAAGACGAACUGAAUGGGUGUAAUCCAUCCUGGCACGCCUUCCAUCAGGAUGCAAUACUAGAUAUGCCACAAAGUUUCUCUACCAAAGAAAGACUAGAUCAAAGUGAGCCACAAAAGAGAAGUUACCGGAAAAAGUCCGUUGAAAUGAAACCUAAGAAGGUCCAGGUAGAAAAGAAAAUCCUGAAAUGUACUGAAUGUGAAAAAGUCUUUAACCAGAGCUCCUCCCUUACUCUCCACCAGAGAAUUCAUACCGGAGAGAAACCCUACGCAUGCGUGGACUGUGGGAAAGCCUUCAGCCAGAGUGCAAACCUAGCGCAACAUAAGAGAAUCCACACUGGGGAAAAGCCUUAUGAGUGUAAAGAGUGCAGGAAGGCCUUCAGCCAGAACGCACAUCUCGCUCAGCAUCAGAGAGUGCACACUGGAGAGAAACCUUACCAGUGUAAAGAAUGUAAAAAAGCCUUCAGCCAGAUCGCACACCUGACUCAGCAUCAAAGAAUCCAUACCGGAGAGCGACCUUUCGAAUGUAUUGAAUGUGGGAAAGCGUUUAGUAACGGCUCGUUCCUAGCUCAGCAUCAGCGAAUUCAUACGGGCGAGAAACCGUAUGUGUGCCACGUGUGUGGGAAAGCUUUUAGUCACCGUGGAUACCUAAUUGUACACCAGAGAAUUCACACUGGGGAGAGACCUUACGAAUGUAAAGAGUGCAGGAAGUCGUUCAGCCAGUAUGCACAUCUUUCCCAACAUCAGAGAGUGCAUACCGGAGAGAAACCUUACGAAUGUCAAGUAUGUAGGAAAGCGUUCAGCCAGAUUGCUUACCUCGAUCAACAUCAGAGGGUUCACACCGGAGAGAAACCCUAUGAAUGUGCGGAAUGUAGAAAAGCGUUUAGCAACAGUUCAUCCCUGGCCCAGCAUCAGAGAAGUCACACCGGAGAGAAACCCUAUAUGUGUAACGAAUGCAGGAAAACAUUUAGCCAGAACGCAGGCCUUGCUCAGCAUCAAAGAAUCCAUACUGGAGAGAAACCUUACGAGUGUAACAUUUGUGGGAAAGCCUUUAGUUAUAGUGGAUCUCUCACCCUACAUCAGAGAAUUCAUACCGGAGAGAGACCGUAUGAAUGUAAAGAUUGCAGGAAAUCUUUCAGGCAGCGAGCACACCUUGCUCAUCAUGAGAAAGUCCACACCAUGGAGUCAUUCUUGUCCCUUUCCUCUCCGUCACCCUCCAUGUCUAGUCAGUUGCCAAGAACUCUAGGUUUUAUCUCCUAAAUAUAACCCAAAUCUGACCCAUUGGGACCAUUUAUAUUAUAUCACCCUUGUCUUCUAUGUGUUACGCUGUUUUGUUUGGAAGACUGAAAUGGCUUUCUAGUGUAUUCACCCAUGCCCCUUGUCAGUUUCCACACUUCAGCCAAACUUUACAAAAGCAAAGUUUGGUCAUAUUAUUUAUCCCUCAUUAAUUGAAAUUUCUUUCCAAUAUCCAAAAGUUUGUAGGGAAAAAGCACAGUCCAUAAAGUAACCUAACAGACCACCUUGCCCCCGUAACCUUGUUUCAAACUACUCGUUAAAGCCUUCAUGUCAAUAUUCACCUCUCUCUCUCUCUCUCUCUCUCUCUCUCUCUCUCUCUCUCUCUCUCUCUCUUUCUCUCUCUCUCUCCAUAUAGAAUUAAAACAAACCUAUCAUUCUCCUGCAUCUUCCAUCCCUAAUUUUAAGGGAGCGUCUGGUCCUUCGUAACCUUCUGUCUUAUUUAUACUACGGGAAAAAUAAUGGCUCUACCUCAAAAGUAACUGGGAGAAGAAAAUACAAUGCAUGUAGAUUUCUUAGCAGAGU